ACUCCUUCUUCCGAGAAGGCAGAGACGGCAGCGGGGGGCGUACGGGAGGACGACGAGGGUGAAACGCCAGAGAUGGGGGAGGACUCUGACGUCACAGGGUAGAUCACGUGCUCGCCGUACCCGCUUCACUUUCGAUUUUCUUCUCUAUUUGUUCUUCUCCCACUCUAAUCUGCGGGGGAGCCGGAGAGGGUCGGCUCGCGGUCUUUAAAAAACUAAAAGGAACAAAAAACAUUAGUCAAGCAUUUUGGCCGGCGGCAGUUUGAGCGUCGUCUGCUCUCGAGUGUCGCCGCCUGCCUUUCCGGAGAAGUCGUUGUCUUGUUCUACUGGGUUGUCGGCCGCUCCUUGCGCUGCCACUGCUGCUUGACGCCGCGGGAGCUCGGUCUUGGCUUUUUUUGUGUUCGGCUGAACGAUGCGGUUUUUGCGAGGACCAUGCCAACUGCCCACAGUUUGGGUGGCCGCGGUGUGUUUGCUCUUCGUUGCUCACUGCGCGGACACGGCGACCAUCGUAGAGAGGCUUCGCAACACCAUCUUUCCCACCACGAAUCAUCCCAUCAUAUUCGUGCCCGGAGAUGGAGGUAGUCAAGUGCAAGCCAAGCUGAACAAAACUUACGCGGUGCACUACCUCUGCGAGAAGAAGACGCUGGACUUCUUCGACCUUUGGGUCAACUUAGAGCUGAUGGUGCCCUACGUGCUGGACUGCUGGGUUGACAACAUGAGGCUGGUGUACAACAACGUCACCCGCACCACCACUCCCCCUCCAGGCGUGGAGAUUCGGAUUCCUGGCUUUGGUAACACGAGUACUGUCGAGUGGCUCGAUCCAAGUAUGGUGUCUCCGACGGCGUACUUCACUAAAAUUGUCGAGGAAUUUGUAUCCCUUGGAUAUCAACGAGGCGUCAACCUUCGUGGAGCCCCUUACGACUUCCGAAAAGCACCCAAUGAGCUCGGAGACUACUUCGACAAGCUGCAGGGACUGGUGGAGGAGACGUACGAAAUCAACGGGGCCGUGCCCGUGGUACUGGUGUGCCACAGCAUGGGAUGUCCCAACCUGCGUUACUUCCUCAGUCAGAGGCCGCAGGCGUGGAAGGACACCCGCAUCAGGGCCCUCAUCACUCUCGGAGGGGCCUGGGGAGGCGCAGUGAAAGCGCUUAAGGCUUACGCCUCCGGUGAGAAUCUCGGCGUGGUCGUCAUCAACCCGCUGACGGUGCGGCCCGAGCAGAGGUCUGCACCCAGCCUAGCCUACAUGAUGCCCGACCGGCUGUUCUGGAACAGCAGCGAAGUGCUCGUGUCCACGCUCACCGCCAACUACACGAUCGCCGACUACUACCGCUUCUUCAAGGACAUAGGAUUCCUGGACGGCUACGACAUGUACAAGGACACUCGGCCCUACAUGCUCGACACCACGCCGCCGGGCGUCGAGGUGCAUUGUCUCCACGGCAGAAACGUCAGUACCAUCGAGAGGAUCGAGUACCACAACAAGGGAUUCCCUGACAUCCAGCCCGUGGUGGUCUACGGGGAUGGCGACGGUACUGUGAACUUGCGGAGUCUUCAAGGCUGCCUCAAGUUCAGAGGCCUUCAGAAAGAGAAGGUCUUCGUCAAGCCGCUGGACAAUGUGGAACACAUGGCCAUCUUGUACGAGAGAGCCAGCAUCGACUACAUCAAAGCAAUCGCCCUGGGGCACUGAUGACAUCGCUUUUGAGUUUAUACUGUGAGCGCAAUACCUACUCGGCUCAUGGAACUUAUCAUCCCUCAUUGCUAUUUCGCCUGUGGAUCUGAAGUCUUUUCUGGCAGACUGCCUCCGGUUGUAUCACAGUUCUACCAACCCUUGGAAGUUACAUCCGGCUUAACUGUUUUUAUUGUUGUGCCGACAAAGAGAACAAUCUUCAAGUUUUGUUUGUGAGCGCAUCUGAAUGCCGGUUGGCUUCUGCGGAACUGAUAAGUUGAAAGUGUAGUAGCACGCUUGAACAAAACGCGUCUUAGAAUUGUUUUAAUGUUAUCUUUGCUGGUGUGAGCAGAACUUGUCAUGCCAGCUUUCCUGUUUUUAUUGGUCAUAAUGAUAUAUUUGUUGUAUCUCAGUGCAUUUUGUAUGCGGUCAUGCUGUAAUUAAGAGAUGUCUGGUGUUAGCAGCUUCCGUUCAUGCCUAAGUUGGAAUGGCCGAUGAAAGCGGUGCCUUCAACCAGAUAAUCACCAAAACAAAAUAUAGCGUUUUUUUUACUUGAUUGUUGAUCAGAUCUACCCACCUCAUUUCACAUGCGAGUUGUUAACGUGCGUGUUUCCUGGAAACUUUAUGUGAGGCUGGAGGCAAGGAGGAAAGUUUUCAACUGCCCAUGAUGGAGGCUAUUGUUUGUACAAAAUCGCAUUCUUCGUAGUCAACUAAAGCGUCUCGAAAUAUUUCGUAAAAUAAAUGUUUUCUAAUGAAGAAUAGAAGACCUCCAAGAAUUUUUUGCUUUAUUAGCGAACAACGUGUCCCCAUCUAUAGUGAUAUUGGAAGGGAACAUGGAUCAAAUAAAGCGUGUUUUGCCGAA